GGGGGUUAGUGGGUAGUGGGUGUGGCUGUAUCCUCCCACGCGGAAGUACAGCAGGCGGCUGUUGACGUUCGUGCGACGUCGCAAUCAGCAGCAAGCGACAGUGACAGCUGCUGUAGUCGCUGAUGCGUGGUCGCCAUCUCUCUUCUCUGCGUGCUGUGGAUCGCCAUCUGCAAUCAUGAAUUGUGGACUCAUCUUCGUUCAUGAGUAUCAAGAGAAAGCGGUGCCGCUGAAGGCCGUGUCGGUGGAGGCGAGCGUGCAGGGCUUCGUGGCCUCUGUGCGCGCCACGCUCAGCUACCUCAAUGCUGAGGCGUUCCCCGUGGAGGCCUCCUUCCUCUUUCCGCUGGACGACGACUCGGCGGUGCACGCGUUCAGCGCCAGCCUCAACGGGCGUCACAUUGACGCCGUCAUUAAGGAGAAGGAGAAGGCCAAGGAGGAGUACGACGAUGCGAUGAGCUCAGGCCACACGGCCUUCCUGCUCUCCGAGGACCGGGGCGACGUGUUCCAGUGCAUGCUGGGCAACCUGGGGGCGGGCGAGGGGGCGGAGCUGCGGGUGGAGUUUGUGAGCGAGUUGGCGGUGGAGCCGGAUGGAGCGGUGAGAUUCUGCCUGCCCACGGUGCUCAACCCUCGCUACACGCCGCCCGGUUCAUCAUCAGCAGACUCCGCGCUGCCCUUUGUGCCGUUUGUGAGCUGCUCCCAGCCGCUGCCUUACUCAAUGGCCUUCCAUCUCCGCGCCGAGGCUCCGGGAGGCAUCGCUGACGUCACCUCGGCCUGCAACCUUGGGCCGGUCUCCUUCUCGGGCCCUGGCAACUCCGUGGCUCAGGUGUCUCUGGGGGAAGGGUUCAAGAUGGACCGUGACGUGGAGCUGUUUGUCCACCCAAUCCAGAAGCACCGCCCCUUCGCACUGCUGGAGGCGGGCGACACGGCUAAGGCCUCUUUGAUGAGUGACACAGUGGCCAUGCUGAACUUCUUCCCGGAUGCGGGAGAGACAAAGUCCACCAAGGGGGCAGAGGCGUUGACUCAGAAGGGGGAGUUCAUCUUCGUGGUGGACUGCUCCGGCAGCAUGGAAUGCCCCAUGGUCAAUGAUGGCAGCGGAGGAAGGGAGACUCGUAUCCAUAGUGCCAAGGAGACACUGAUGCUGCUGCUGAAGAGUCUGCCUCUCGGCUGCUUCUUCAAUGUCUACGCAUUUGGAAGCAGCUACAACAGCUUCUUCCCGGAGAGCCGUGAGUACUCGCAGGCGAGCAUGGACGAGGCGCUGAAGCUCGUCAAGGGGAUGAGCGCCGACUUGGGGGGCACCGAAAUCCUGGAGCCGCUGGUGGCCAUCUACCGCUCGGCGUGCCGGCCGGAACACCCCCGGCAGUUGAUGGUGCUGACCGAUGGAGAAGUGUCCAACACCCGUGAUGUUAUCAGCCUGGUGAAGAAGAACGCAAGCAAGCAUCGCUGCUUCUCCUUUGGAAUCGGUGACGGUGCCUCCACGGAGCUGAUCAAGGGGAUCGCCGCCAGCGGAGGAGGGACGGCUGAGUUCAUCACCGGCAAGGAGCGCCUGCAGGGCAAGGUGCUGAAGGCCCUGAAGUGCGCUCUCCAGCCCACGCUGACCUCCGUGUCGCUCUCCUGGAGCCUCCCACCGGGCCUGUCGGCCAUAGUGGUGCCCGAGGUGCCACGCAGCAUCUUCCUCGGCCAGCGAACCAUCCUCUAUGCACAGCUCGCUGGCACCGCUCCAGCUGCCCCAUGGCAGGGCGAGGCAGUGCUCAAGUACUGCCUGCAUGGGGAGUCCGUGGAGAACCGGGUUCCCGUCACCAGCCAGACUGCCAACCCUGGCGAGUCCCGCGCCACCCUGCACUGGCUCGCAGCCAAGGCGAUGAUCCGCCACCUCGUGUCGGGUCCCAAUGCCCCCGACUCUACGCCGGCGCCGGGCGACGCGGAGCAGCAGAAGAAGGAGGAGGCGGAGGCCAAGUCUCGCCGGGAGCGAGUGCUGGCGCUGAGCGUGGAGUCGGGCGUCGUGUCCCCCUACACAGCCUUUGUCGGAGUGGACACAGACUCCCGCCAGCCACUAGGGGCCGCCAUGCAGGAGCGCCCCACCCCACGCCAUCACUUCUUCGGUGGUUCAGGUUUCGGCGUGGUGUGUGACUCGUCGUCGUAUAGUAUGGACGUAGUGGACGCAGCUCCUAACCAUGGUGCCAUGCAGUCCAUGAGAUUGUUGGCUUCUCCAAUGAUGUCUGCUCCUGUUGCAAAGCAGCGAUCAAAGAGGAGUAUGUUUGGCGGAAUGAUUGCAUCGUGUCUUCCACAGCAAACAGGCUAUAGCAAGAUGUCGAUGCCCAAGAUGAUGAACUUGCCGUACAGCUUGGCUGACCUGGACGACCCAGGAGACAGACAAGAAGCCAUGGAAUGCGAUUACUUUGCUCCAGAGGCUCCAACUGAGCUGCCCUUCCUGGAGCUCGUCGACCUGCAGAAGGCCCACGGGGCCUGGGAGCUGUCCGCCCAGCUGGCCUCGGUCGUCCAGUCGAGCGAGGGGGUACUGCGCAAGGAAGCUCCUGUGGUGAGAGACUCCCUUCACUAUCACUGGUUCGUAGUGAGUGUUUCUAGUGAGAGACUCCCUUCAAUAUCACUGGCUAGCAAUGAGUGUUUCUAG